GAAACCAGUCGCGUUUCUACUUUAUUUAAUCCCAGUUUGUCAAUUAGCAGUCGACCUGCCAAAGCAUAGUUUUGUUCCGAUAACGAAGGAUGACUAACAUUCAUCACGCUAUAUUUUGCUUAUUUGUUCUUGCUCCGGUCGUUGCUCAGUUUGAAGGUGAUAGAUGUAGGAUGAAAAACACAAACGAUAAAGGCAAAUGUGUCCUAUUAGACAACUGCGACUAUGCAAAAAAUUUGCUUCAAUCGAGACAAACACCGCAACAUUGUGGUUUCAAAGGUAUGAUUCCGGUAGUGUGCUGUCCAUUGACCACUAAACUUGCUCCUGGCGAAAAAAGUGAAAAACAAUGCAAUUUCUACUACCCAAAACCCACACUUAAAUUUCGCAAAUUUAUUGUCGGUGGUAAAAAAUCAUUAGCAGCAGAGUUCCCUCAUAUGGCCAUCCUUGGUUACGGUGACAAGGAAGACAUUCAAUGGCUAUGUGGAGGCAGUUUAAUUAGUGAGCAAUUUGUGCUUACGGCAGCACAUUGUAUUAUUUCUCAGCAAUACGGUGUAAUCAGAUGGGUUCGCUUGGGUGACUUAGACAUUAAGAGUACUACGGAUGACGCAAAACCUCAAGAUUUUCACGUUAUAACAAUGUUUACACAUCCCGAGUAUCGAUCAUCUUCACAUUAUCAUGAUAUAGCAUUGCUCAAAUUACACAGGUCAGCCGUGUUCAACGUUUUCGUAGGACCUGCUUGUCUUUACAUUAACUGGACUGUUUCUGAAAAAUUAAUAGCAACUGGAUGGGGAAAAGUGGAUUUUUUUGGAGAGUCUAGUAGUCAUCUAAUGAAAGUAGACUUAAAUUAUGUGGAUUUUGAACAAUGUGCACGAAGUUAUGAAGAUGUUUCAAAGACAAAGUUAAGAAAUGGUAUUGUUGACGAAUUACAAGUCUGUGCUGGUCGUCCGGAUGGAGGUGAUACUUGUCCGGGUGAUUCUGGAGGACCAUUACAAUUUAAAGUUACUGAUAAUCCUCCACAUUAUUAUGUAGUGGGGAUAACAUCUUUCGGCAAGGCUUGUGGUAUAGAUAAUAGUAUGGGUGUUUACACAAGAGUUGCACAAUAUGUGGACUGGAUUGAAGACAUUGUGUGGCCUGUGGAUUAAGUUUUCUAUUUUCGCGUGCUAAAGUGGUACCUACUUUGCUAUUAUGAAAAUAACACGGAUGUGCGACAACAUCAAAAUAUUUCAAGGCUAUUACUGGCUUACAAAACUCAAAUUACGUAAAUUAUUUACUAUUGUAAUCAUUACUGUUGAAUGUGAAUGAAACUUUUUCUGAUAAAAUUGGCCUUGAAUUUGAA